UCCGCCAUCUUGAAUCUAAUUUAAAGAAAAAACAAAAAAAAACAAAAACAAACAAAACAUCUGGCAAUACCUUCUUCUUAUUACGUUACUGACUUAGAAGAAAGAAAGAAAGAAAGAAAGAAAAAAUAAAACAAAUGCCUACGGUGGCACGAAGAAGUUUUACUGGCCAUAUUGUGUAUGUAACUCUCGUUAUGUUACACGUUUGUCAUCUAUAUCGUUCGUACUUUGCUAACAAGUGUACUCAUAUCACGAUAAUAUGCCAAGAUGUCUGAUAAGGUCAAUGGCGAGAUAUCAGAAGACUCAGGAUCGUCACGAAGAUACAGAUUUAACUUGGAUCCCACCAUCGGUGGAUUCCAAACGACAAAAACGAACGCAAGAAGUUAAUACCAUUUCUACUAACAAUGUUUGGAUGUGUUCUGGACUUCCCAUUGUAACGCGAUAUACAUUUAAGAAGAAUAAUGAUUUAUUAUGGAAAUUAAAACCUUUGGAUGAGUCUAAUUCACGUGGAAAUGUAUUCUUUAAGAAUGAAACGUUACCAACUGAAUACGAUUCCUACCAUAUUAACCUUAAUGAAGGUACUUCGUUAGAUCGAACAGAGAUUCAAACUAUACCAUCGAAUACUCACGAAUCAAAACUUACACCGUACCAACCGACGAACGACGAAGAAUUUAUUCGUCAGAACGUGAAGUUUUCCGGGAACUUGGAAGGGCGCGAAAUUCAAACGGUACCACAAACUUCGUAUCUAACUGCUACUACUACUACAACGACAACUACGACAACGACAAUGACAACAACAACGACGACGACAACGACGAUGACGACGACUACAACGACGACGACGACGACAACGACAACGACGACGACGACGAUGACGACGACGAUGACGAUGAUGACAAUGACGACGACGAAGACGACGACAAAGAAAUCAUCUAAGGAAGAUAAAGUGGUAUCUGAGAUUGAAAAUAAUCAAAAUUGGAAGAGAAAUAAAACGAUGCAUUAUUGUCCAUAUUGUCGGAAAUGUUUUGACAGGCCAUGGGUUUUAAAAGGACAUUUGAGACUUCAUACUGGAGAACGACCAUUUGAGUGUCCUGUUUGUCACAAAUCUUUUGCCGAUCGAUCGAAUUUACGAGCUCAUCAAAGAACAAGAAAUCAUCAUCAAUGGCAAUGGCGUUGCGGAGUAUGUUUUAAAGCAUUUUCACAAAGACGAUAUUUAGAGCGCCAUUGUCCCGAAGCUUGUCGAAAAUAUCGAAUAUCUCAGAGAAGAGAACAAUGUAAUUAAAAAUCCAUCGAAGACGUUUAAAAGUAUUUUUUGCAAGACGUCUGAACAUUUUUGGAAAAAUCGAUCACUAUCGUGUAAAAGGUUAUGUACGAAUAAGUUAUAAUCUUUUUUUUUCGUUUUUAUUUUUCUUUUUCUUUUCUUUUAUCAUAUCGAUAAAUAAUCAUCAGUUGAUUUUAGAUUUUAUUCGAGUAAAUGUUAAAAAGAAUUGUUAUUCAUUUUAUCGAAUUUGUUGAUGUAAAGUUGGCAAGAUACUCUUGAUACGUUUUGAACUAUAGACAUAUGCACAUGCACAGUGAUCUGCUUGAAAAGAAAUCAAAUCAGCUACUUAUUUAAAAAAAAGAAGAUAUCAAUUAUUAUUAUUUAAUGUAUCCUAUGAGAGGUAUUAGAAAUUCUUUAAAUCAAAAAAUUAAAUUCUUAAGAAAAAAAAUCUUUUCGUUGUAAAUAAUAAUUGAUUAAUUAAUUAAAAAUAAAAUAAGUGAGUUGGAGAGUAUAUACAUUUUUACUUUUAUCAAUCGACCAAUCGUAGACGAGCGUGGAUCGAGACAAGUAAAAAAGUUUUUCAUUGGAAAGAAUAAUUCAUUAAUUAAUUAAAAAUAAAAUAAAUAAAUUAUAUAUAUAAUGAUUAAUAAGUACUAAAUAAUUUCUU